AUAACAAGUGGCAAAACCCGAUCGGCUGGGUGAAUGUACCUUUAUUAUACCAAAAUCUGCCACGUAACCCUAUGUGUUUCUACAUAAGUACACAAUAAGGGACUUGGGUUCAUCCGAAAAGAUGCGGCUGGUGUGUUUGUUUCUUGUGGUCAUUUUCCUGUCUUCAACCCAUGCCGAGCAGACCAAUGAAGAAAUGAAAGUAGAAGUUCUAUACAAACCACGUGUUUGUCUCAAGAAGUCACAACUCAACAACAUGCUGAAAGUCCAAUUUAAAGUGUUCUUUGAAAAUGGGACAUUAUUCCACUCAAGUUAUGACACGGAUGUUUUGAUGGACGUCCCCCUAGGACUUGGGGAUCCUUCAGGUGAAUUAGAGAAAGGUUUCAUAGACAUGUGUAUAGGGGAGAAAAGACUAUUAACGGUUCCACACCACGGACAGGGGGACAGGGAACUCCCGCUCCAGAACGGGAACGUGCUCCCUCCCAACAUCCCCCUGUUGUACGAGGUGGAGUUGAUAGACCUGGAGGAUAAGAUUAACGUGAAGGAGGGAUUCGAGAACAUCGACUCUGACGGCGACGACCACAUUACACUGGAUGAGAUCAUGGAACAAUUGAAGGCCGUCCAGGAAGCUGGUGGAGACACGGCUCUAUCCCCGGAGAUUCUCCUACAGGUGUACAAUAACCUGAUAGCCGCCGCGGACAAAGACAGUGACGGGAGGAUAUCCCGGGAGGAAUACCGACACCUCCUCCCACACGAGCUGAAGGACGAACUAUAAAUAGUCAUAGUUAGAUUUCAAACUAUAAUGUGCCAAUUCUAUUUUUGAAUGAUGGUUAAAGCAUGUAUGUUACUUUCGAUGAUUUAUUGUAAUCUUUUUAAAUGUAUAUCAACUUUGGUCCAUUGUUUGACUCCAUAACUCGGCUUUUUUUUAGUGUUUUUCUUACUAGGUAAAGCUUCCUUUAACCAUGUUCACCCAUUUGUAUGACUUUGUUCGUGUUAUGUGGAUUUUGUAACCUGCUGCAUAGGAACUCAUAGCAAUCAGCUGUCAGUAACGAAUACCCUCCGGUAAAAGCAUUACGUGUACAUAUAUUAGACAUUCAGUAGAUCCUUAUUUGUUAAAUAAAGGUAGAUACUGGU